CGACACGACUCAAUCAUAGCAACCUCACAUACCGCCUUACCCCGCGUCUAUAGAAUUCCUCUCCUCGCCCUUCGUGUAUAUUGCGCCAAAAAUCGCCUGAGUGAACUAUGUCUUCGUCAACCAAAGCGGCCCGCAUGGGCGAGGAAGUAUGGAAAACACGAGUCGAUAAAGUCAGUGCCGAGCUAGUCACACUCACGUACGGAACCAUCGUUGCACAACUAUGCAAAGACUACGAAUACAAUUACCCAGACGUCAACAAGCAACUGGAGCGCAUGGGGUAUAAUAUCGGAAUACGGUUGAUUGAAGACUUCCUCGCAAAGUCGAGUGCGCCUGCUUGCACCAACUUUCGAGAGGUGGCUGAGAUGAUCUCCAAGGUCGGCUUCAAAAUCUUCCUCAACAUUACCCCGACCAUUACGAACUGGUCGAGUGACAACAAGCAAUUCUCCCUCAUUUUCGAAGAAAACCCACUUGCCGAUUUCGUCGAGUUACCAGAUGAUGGGCGCGCGCAGGAUGAGCUGUGGUUCUCAAACAUAUUAGUGGGUGUACUGCGGGGUGCAUUGGAGAUGGUACACAUGCAAGUCGAGGCGCACUUUGUCAGUGACGUCCUACGAGGCAAUGACACCACGGAGAUGAGGAUAUCAUUGGUCCGCUACAUUGAUGACGAGAUGCCACCGGAUGAUGAGUAGAAGACAAGGAGCAAAAGUGAGAGAGCGAGAGGGAGGACACAUGUUCCAAUUGACGUCUUGAGCAUGAAGGUCAGCGGUUGCUAAACGGGCAUGUACAGUGUGGACGACUCUAAGUGAAGUCACUUGACCAACGAGGCAGCGAUGUGCACAAGGCCCCGUUUGCUGGAGAAUUGCACACCGCCACCAUGGAUGUCUUAAAGUCUAUGCCAGACAGGCAGGCUGCAUUUGGCGUGGGAUCCAAUCCAUUGCCACCGAUAGAAUUGCACGGUUGUAGGCGGUCAGCGAGGCGCAUGAGGGCACAAUUGCACAAUGGACAAUGGCGCAAUUGCACUCGCACUCGCACCCGCAACACGAUAGAUUGGGGAAAGGGGUCCUCUUUUUGCUCUGCACGUACGUGAAUGUGUGUAUUGACGAGUGCGCAUCUGCCC